AUGGGAAGUAGGCAAAUUGUUGCUGUUCUUCAAGUAGGUGGAGAAUUUUCAACAGAUGAUGAUGGACGGAUGUCCUAUUAUGGUGGAGAGGCUCAUGCUAUGCAUGUGAAGAGUGAUUGGACUUUUAAAGCGUUUAAACAUGAAAUAUCUUCAACACUCAAUAAUCUCAAACUUGAUUCCUAUGUGUUCAAGUACUUCCUUCCGAGAAAUGACAAAACUUUGAUUUCAAUAUCAAAUGACAAAGACUUGAAACGCAUGGUUGAAUUCCAUGCGGAGUCAGAAACAACUUACAUAUAUGUCAUGAAGAAGGCUGACAACAGGCUGAAGAUCUCCAUUGCAGGCGCUGACGCUCCUGCAGAUUGUGCUGUGAUAGCAACUACUCCAGAUGGAUCCAAGCGGCAAAAGAUUUGUGCUAGUUGGGAGAAUGCGAUCACAGGAGCUGGUCAAGUGUUUCAAAGUGCAAAGGAAUUCCGAGAUGCAUUACACAAGUAUGCUAUUGCUCAUAGGUUUCAUUACAAAUUUGUCAAGAAUGACUCUUCUCGUGUAACCGCGGAAUGUACUGAUGGAGGGUGUGCAUGGCGUAUACAUGCAUCAAAGUCUCAUUCAAAGGAGUUCAUGGUCAAGAAAAUUUUUGGUACUCAUACUUGUGAAUCAGAGACCAUCAAAAGUCAUCGUUUGGCAUCUCAGAAAUGGGUUGCUAGUGUUAUUAAGGAAAAAAUACGUGAUAGUCCAAACUACAGGCCAAGAGAUAUUGCGAAUGAUCUCCAACGUGAAUAUGGAUUGUGCCUCAACUACUCCCAAGCUUGGCGUGGUAAAGCAAUAGCCCGAAAAGAACUUUACAGCUCAGAUGAAGAGGCAUGCAAUCAGCUACCUUGGUUUUGCCAAAGGAUUGUUGAGACCAACCCUGGAAGUGUGGCAACAGUAGUGGCCUUGGAAGAUUCGAAGUUUCGAUUUUUUGUUGCAUUCCAUGCCUCCCUUCAUGGUUUUGAGCAUGGUUGCAGGCAUCUUCUCUUUCUUGAUGUGAUUUCUGUCAGAUCAAAUAAACACUGGAAGCUAUUAGCUGCUACUUCAGUUGAUGGUGAAGGUGAUAUCUUCCCUGUUGCACUGUCUGUAGUGGAUGAUGAGAAUCAAGAAAAUUGGCAUUGGUUUCUUGAGCAGUUAAAUGAUUCAUUACCUGCACUUGGAGCAAUAACAUUCAUAUCUAAUGGUAAGAAUGGUCUGUGGGACGAGGUUUCUCUUUUAUUUCCAGAUAGUUAUCAUGGAUACCAUGUCAACUGUUUUAUUGACGAAUUCAAGCAGCAGUUGGAUGGCAGUUGGAGUGAAGAAGUAAAAGAUACGAUGGUUGCGCAUCUUGAGAAAGCCAUUUAUUCAUGCAAAGUUGAUGAAUUCAAUCAGUAUGUUGAACUCAUCAAAACUGAAUCUGAUAAGCUUGUUGAAUGGCUUUUGGAAACUAAACCAGAGCGGUGGUCAGAUGCCUUUUUCAAAGGGUCACGACUUGGCCAGUACACUUGCAAUGUUUCUGAGGCAAUUUCGGAUUGGAUUCCUAGCAGAUAUGAGCUCUCAGUAGUGCAGUUGGUUGACACGAUCAGAUGCAACCUAAUGGAGAUGAUGUAUACACGCAGGGAAUCUUCCAAUACCUGGACAGAAGUCUUAACACCAUCAGCCAAUCAGAAACUUCAGGAACAGAUGAACAAAGCUCUCACACUCAAUGUUGUUUGCUCAACUGGAAAUGAUGGAAAUGGUCAUGUGUUUGAGGUGUGUGAUGACUCGGUCAAUGUUGUCAACAUUGAUACAUGGGAGUGCACCUGCAGAAAAUGGCAUGUUUCUGGGAUUCCUUGCUCACAUGCAAUUGCGGUAUUUGACCGUACUGAGCAGUGUCCACUUGACUACUGCUCCAAGUAUUUCACAACGGAAUGUUACCGCUUGACUUAUGCCAUGUCCAUAAAUCCAAUACCUGAUGUUUUUGUACCUACCGCAGCAGGUGACCCAUCACAGGGCACGACGACAUUACUUUCAAGCCCCAUUCUGACCCGAAGACAAGUGGGCAGACCAAAGGAAAAGCCAGCUGAUCCGCGUAUUGCAAUCAAAAGAGCAGUGCGCUGCAGCAGAUGCAAGGGCUAUGGGCACAAUAAAGCAACUUGCAAAGUCCCCAUCUCAGCCUAG